GGCGGUCUCGUCCACCUCCUUCUAGCCUUUGUACUUUUACUCCUAUGAUGGCCAAGCACGAGCAGAAACCGAAGUUGCGGACCGCCGUCGAGCCGCUGGCGCACUUCGACCUUCCGAUUCCUCAUCAUUCGAUAUGCUCGUUCUCUCUUUCUCGGUCUUUCCUCUACCUUGGAACCCACAAUGGAUCUCUACUGUUACUUUCUCUAGAUUCAGACGACAGCCAUGAUCCGAGUUCUAUUCCAAUUGAAACUAUUUCCUCUUCCAUGUAUCGGAAGAUUUCGUUUGUGCGCGGCGUUUCGAUGGGGGAAUCUGCCGUGGAGGCGAUAUUUUUGCUAGUCGAGAUCGGGUUGGUCGUUGUGUUGUGUGAUGGGUUUUUGUUUUUUGUGGAUUCGUGCUUGGUGCAGCCAGUUAAAAAAGUAGGGUUCUUGAAGGGGAUUAGCGCGAUAGCGAGGAGAUUUCGAGGAAGUCAAACGGAAAGCACGGACUUGACAGAAGACGCGACGAGUUUUUUGAAGGGGCAGCGGAUAUUGGAGAAAUUGGGAGGUGGAGUUCGGGGCAAUGGGGUGAGAGCAAAGGAGUUGGACCAGCGUCAUGAAGGUAAUUACGUUUUUGCUGUUGUUGUGGGUAAAAAGUUGAUGUUGGUAGAGCUUGUUUUAGGCAGUAGAGCAGGAAGUAGUGAUAGAGACAUCAUUGGGGCCAAUGCCUCUUUUGUUAUUUUGAGGGAGAUGCAGUGUUUUGAUGGCGUUAGGACUAUGGUGUGGCUUGAUGAUUCUAUAAUUGUUGGGACGAGUAACGGGUAUACUUUGUUUUCGUGCAUUACUGGGCAAAGCGGUGUAAUCUUUUCACUACCAGAUUCAUCUAGCCGGCCUUUGUUGAAACUGUUGUGGAGAGAGUGGAGGGUAUUAUUGUUAGUGGACAAUGUGGGUGUGAUUGUUGAUGCACAUGGUCAGCCAGUUGGUGGGAGCUUGGUGUUUCGCAGGGCUCCAGAUUCUAUUGGGGAGCUGUCAUCUUAUGUGGUGGUUGCUAGGGAUGGGAAGAUGGAGCUUUAUCAUAAGAAAUCAGGUAAUUGCAUUCAAACUGUUACCUUCGGUGCUGAAGGAGUUGGCCCUUGUGUUGUUGUGGACGAUGAAAAUGGUAAUGGGGAACUUGUUGCAGUUGCAAUGCCCAAAAAGAUUGUUUGCUAUCGCAAAGUACCUUUCGAAGAACAAAUAAAAGAUUUGUUGAGAAAAAAGAACUUCAAAGAAGCCAUCUCCUUGGUGGAGGAGCUUGAGUGUGAAGGUGAAAUGUCAAAGGAAAUGCUUUCAUUUGUCCAUGCGCAAGUGGGUUACCUCUUGCUUUUUGACUUACACUUUGAGGAAGCUGUAGAUCACUUUCUGCAGUCAGAGAAAAUGCAGCCUUCUGAAGUGUUUCCAUUUAUAAUGAGAGACCCCAAUCGUUGGUCAUUGUUGGUUCCUAGAAAUCGAUACUGGGGUUUGCAUCCUCCUCCUGCACCCCUCGAAGAUGUUGUAGAUAACGGGUUGCUGGCCAUUCAAAGAGCUAUUUUUCUCAGAAAAGCUGGCAUAGAAACCGUCUUGGAUGAACAUUUUUUAUCAAAUCCACCAAACAGGGCUGAACUACUCGAAUCAGCAAUAAAAAACAUUAUCAGGUAUCUAGAGGUUUCUCGUACAAAAAAUUUAACAUCAUCUGUAAGGGAAGGAGUUGAUACACUAUUAAUGUACCUGUAUAGAGCUCUAAAUCAGGUUGAUAGUAUGGAGAAGCUGGCAUCGACUGAAAAUUAUUGUGUUGUGGAGGAGUUAGAAACUCUAUUAGAUGGCUCUGGACAUCUGCGGACACUUGCCUUCCUAUAUGCAAGUAAGGGGAUGAGCUCAAAGGCUCUUGCUAUAUGGCGUAUCUUGGCAAGAAAUUAUUCUUCUGGUCUCUGGAAAGAUCCUGCUGCUGAAAAUGGCUUAGAUGAUGGUAAUGCAUACAUAAGCUCUGGUAGGGAGAUUGCUGCAACUGAGGCAUCAAAGAUUCUUGAGGAUUCAUCUGACCAAGAUAUGGUUCUCCAGCAUCUUGGAUGGAUUGCAGAUGUAAAUCAAGUACUUGCUGUUCGAGUUCUGACAUCAGAAAAAAGAACAAAGCAGCUUUCACCUGAUGAAGUGAUUAAGGCAAUUGAUCCAAAGAAGGUUGAUAUUCUUCAAAGGUACCUUCAAUGGUUGAUUGAAGAUCAAGACUCUGAUGACACCCGAUUUCAUACAUUAUAUGCUGUCUCACUUGCCAAGACAGCAAUUGAAACCUUUGAAAAAGAACAUAGCUCUAAAAGCCUUGAUUCUAGGAGGCUACAAGGGGUGAAUGACACAGAUAUUCGAAGGGACUCAAUCUUUCUAAGUCCUGUGCGGGAACGAUUGCAAAUAUUUUUACAGUCAUCAGAUUUAUAUGAUCCAGAAGAGGUUCUUGAUUUGAUUGAAGGAUCUGAGUUAUGGUUGGAAAAGGCUAUUCUGUACAGAAAAUUAGGGCAGGAGACGUUGGUCCUUCAAAUUUUGGCCCUGAAACUGGAGGACAGUGAAGCGGCAGAGCAAUACUGUGCAGAGAUUGGCAGACCUGAUGCCUAUAUGCAGUUACUUGAUAUCUAUUUAGAUCCACAGGAUGGUAAAGAGCCUAUGUUUAAGGCUGCUGUUCGCCUCCUCCACAAUCAUGGAGAAUCACUGGAUCCUCUUCAAGUUUUAAAUACACUGUCCCCAGACAUGCCCCUCCAACUCGCAUCUGAGACAAUAUUGAGAAUGUUCAGGGCUAGACUUCAUCAUCAUCGUCAAGGACAAAUAGGGCAUAAUCUAUCCCGUGCUGUGGACAUUGAUGCAAGGUUAGCAAGAUUGGAGGAGAGAUCACGACACGUGCAGAUUAAUGAUGAGAGCCUCUGUGAUUCUUGUCAUGCUCGGCUUGGAACUAAGCUAUUUGCAAUGUAUCCAGAUGAUACAGUAGUUUGCUAUAAGUGUUUCCGUCGUCAGGGUGAGUCCACUUCUGUCACAGGUCGCAACUUCAAGGAAGAUGUCUUGGUCAAACCCGGUUGGCUUGUUAGCCGCUGAGCAAAAGAAACAAGAAAUUAUUCAGAAGUUUAGGAGGCAAUUUUUCAUAUCAUGUCAUGUUGCUUUUCUUCCAGCUUUGGCUAUGGAAGCUUUUUGUGGCUUGCACUUUCAAAGGCAUGAAAAUACAGCUGAAAAAGUACCAAAAUUUCAGGAUGCUGGUUUUAAGUGUAUCAUCAAAUCUGGCUUCUGGUUAAUGACUCUGGCUUUUUCAUUUCUUUUGUACAUUAGAUCUAACAAAAGGACCAAAGGGUUAGUGUUUCGCUGUUUAUUCAUUGUGUUGUACGUGUUCAUUGAAAUUUUCCUUUCCCUUCUGGGGUAAAAUAAUCAAAUUAACUCACA